UAAAAUAGACUUUGCUCUGCUGUCUGAGUUGUAUCAGUAUGACUCUGAGGAGAGGAUAGCUCCCGUCACGUCUCCUGAGCUCUGUGAUCGCAUUGAGCUAGCUUUUUUUUGCUUUCCUCCAUCAAAUUUGGAUCUCAUUUCGAAAUCCGAUACCUCGCACUUAGUUCAGAGCUUCCAACUUCCGUCCAUCGUCCAUUGAUAGAGCUCCUGUGUUCAUCAAUCGGUCUGUCAAUGGAGCUGAGACUUGAAUAGGAAGAGCCUAUCAAGAUCCAGGAGAUGAAAGGCAUGUCAUGGGGGCUGAUUAUUGGGAUCUCAAUAGGGGUGAUAAUUGGAGUUCUUUUGGCCAUUUCUGGUCUAUUCUGCAUUAGGUACCGCAGGAAGCGUUCACAGAUAAGCAGCACCAGUUCAUGUAGGGCUGCAACAACCCCAAUCCAUUCAAAUGGCCCCAAUUCAUGUACAAUAUUGUCAGACUCAACCAUUGAUCAAGAGUCUCCCAAAGCAUCUGAAACGAAGGGCUUAUCCUUGUGGCUAGGACCUAGGAAAAAGAAUGUAGUCUCUAUGUCUGGAAUACCUAAAUAUUCUUACAAAGAUCUUCAGAAGGGGACUCACAAUUUCACAACGGUACUAGGUCAAGGGGCAUUUGGUCCUGUUUACAAAGCUAAGAUGUCAACUGGUGAGACCGUAGCUGUUAAAGUCCUUGCUACAGAUUCCAAGCAAGGGGAGAGGGAAUUCCAGGCAGAGGUUCUGUUACUAGGCAGACUACAUCACAGAAACCUCGUGAAUUUGGUUGGAUAUUGUGAAGAAAAAGGCCAGCAUAUGCUUGUUUAUGUGUACAUGAGUAAUGGCAGUCUGGCUUCUCAUUUAUAUAGUGUAAAGCAUGAACCACUGAGCUGGGAUUUGAGGGUUUGUAUAGCUUUAGAUGUAGCAAGGGGCUUGGAGUAUCUUCAUGAUGGGGCCAUGCCAUCUGUAGUGCAUCGGGACGUCAAAUCUUCUAACAUACUAUUGGAUCAGUCCAUGAGAGCCAGGGUCGCUGAUUUUGGGCUUUCAAGGGAAGAGAUGGCCAACCCACAUGCAUCAAAUAUCAGGGGAACUUUUGGCUAUCUUGAUCCCGAGUAUGUAUCAACAAGGGCUUUCACAAAGAAAAGUGACGUUUUCAGUUUUGGGGUUUUGCUCUUUGAACUUAUUGCUGGCAGGAGUCCUCAACAGGGUCUCAUGGAAUAUGUUGAACUGGCAGCAUUAAGUACAGAGGGGAGAGUUGGGUGGGAGGAGAUUGUGGAUUCCCGGCUUGAGGGAAAAUUUGAUGUGCAAGAACUCAAUGAUAUUGCAGCUCUUGCAUACAAAUGCAUCAACAUUAUCUCAAUUAAGCGUCCUUCUAUGAGAGAUAUUGUGCAGUCAGUGUCUCGCAUCCUUAUGUUGAAGGACAAUAGUAAGCAUCACAGGCCAGACCAAUCUGCAUUGGUGGAGGAUGUCUGCAUCGAGAUGGACAAAUCAGGAGCUCAGACUCCAAAUUCAGAACUUUUGAGAGAAGAAUCUGUUGAUAGCACAACUCAUCACCCCUGAAGUUUGAUGGUGAUUUUGUCAUUUGGCCAUCUGUUUAAUUCCUCUUUUUUUUUUUUUUGCAAUUUUGGUUGUGAUAUAUCUUGGUUAUAAUGUUAGAGAAACUAGAAAGGGAAGCUGAUCAACAGUAGUUAUCGGUAGCAAUUAUCACUUACAUACUGAUUUCCUUGUAUCAUAUUUCAAAUUUUGUAAUUCCGGCAUCUUCAAUUUGUAAAAAAUAGAAUCCGGUAAUUUUUUUUUUUAAUUGUACAAAAAUAUUAUAAUUUAAUUUUAAGUGUUGUUUAUUAUUCUA